AUGGUGUGGUGGGUGGUGGUGGCGGUGGUGGCGGCGACCAUGGGGUCCUCCUCGGGGAAGGUCUUCACCAAGUGCGAGCUGGCUGCCCUCUUAGAGAACACAUACCAUCUUUCCAGAGACGUCGUCAAGAACCUUGUGUGUAUCGCGGAGUUUGAGUCAUCGUUCAACACCCAAGCCAUCAACAGGAACAACUGGGAUGGUAGCACAGACUACGGACUCCUCCAGAUUAACGACAGGUACUGGUGCUCCGACCCCUACAACGGCCAGAACCUCUGCAAGCUGCCAUGUACAAGUCUCCUGGACAACAACGUGAGCGAUGAUCUAAAAUGUGCACAAAUUAUCAUCCAAGAGAGAGAGAGUUGGAAUGGCAAGGGGACCGGAUACUCAGCCUGGGUAGCUUACACAACAAAUUGUCAAUACUUGAAUCUUGACCAAUAUAUGUCUCAAUGUUGGGGUUCCGGAUGAACAGAAAACGAGAUCACGAGUGUUGGGACCGGGUAAAACUCCCCCAUUCCGACCCUUGGACCAAUUGAGAGAGACCAACCGGAUACAAGUCAUAUACAAACGACGGUUCGCCAAUGGAUUUUAAAACCUACCUAACCCCGGGAGGGUUAGCCGGUCGGCCGA